ACCUCAUUAACACUUUAAUUUGAACCUUAAUAAGUUAACACAAUAGUCAGUCACGGAAUAGGAAGAGAACCAGAAAGAAACAAUUGAGUGAAUAACUCACAUAUUCGAAGAAAAGAAGGACAAAUCUCAAGGCUAUAGAGAAACUUGCGACUGAUGAAUAGGAACUUAUAGAUUAUAACAUGUUGGGAUACCAAGGAACAGAGAAGUUGGGAGACAAUCAACACAUGUCCAGCAACUGGCUUCCUCAGCCAAACUCUUGGCGCCCAACAAUGGAUAGCGCAGUCGGCAUGCCCCUCGCACAACCCCACGGCUUGGAACACAAUACUGCACAAUCAAUUCCGCCACAACCAUUUGCAUUCACUGGCGUUAUAUACCCACCGUAUGCAGGGACAUCUCAAAUGGGGAACAUGCUCCCGACAUCAAAUGGUAUCUCACAAUCUAAUGGGUACCCCAUACAGCCAAGUGGAUACGGAGGUAUGGGUUCUUAUGGAGGGGCCUACUCAAUGGGAUAUGGACUGCCCAACGACUUAAAACAAGAGCGAAAGACACACCAAAACCAAGAUAUUCCAUCACCAUCUAAGACAUAUACAGAUCUGUCUCAAAACCAAGGUCACCCAUCAAACUUGGACAAAGUCGCAAAUCGUAAGGUGAACAAUUGUGCUUCGUACCCAUUUGAAAAGAUAUCAAUGGGAUCUGAUAAGACUGACUCCGACAGCGACCAUAGCACUCCAUCCACAUUUAGCAGCAUAAACCUGAAAGAAAACGUUGGGUCUCCGUUCAGUGAUCUGUCCAGAGAAGAUACACCCACCUCUUCCGAACUCAACUGGAUGCCAUGUGAAGAUUGGAAACCACACGCGCUUCAGCAGCAAGCUCCAAAUAAUGCAGCAUAUGACAGAGGUAUCAACCAAGGAGGUUAUCAGGAUUACGAUAUGAGCGCCAGUGGACAUAUGAAUCUCCAAACUCGUAAGACAGCAAAACCAAAAGCAACGAGAAUGAUUGGUGAUAUGGAAAUUCCGAAGAGGGAUCGCCUUAGCUACACGAGAUAUCAACUUGAGCUGAUGGUGGGCAUAUACAAGGAAGUUGACUACCCAAACAAAGUCCAGAAACAUCUCAUUGCUAAACGCGUUGGAAUUUCCAAAGAUCAAGUUAAGAUUUGGUUCCAAAACAGACGGCGCCGUGAAUUGAUCGCCAAACAACAUCCUGAUUCUGCAGAUGCCCGUCGUAAACAGGCUAAGGACGAGGAAGAGGAACUUCGUAGGGUCAAUCCAGUUGUAACUCAGGACAUUAUUGACUGUGUAGUAAAGGAACUUCAAGCCCAUGAAGAGGUUGCCACGGGCAAGCAAAAAAUGAAAAGGAAACCUGCAGUUUCUGCAAAUAUUACGGAGGCUAAGAGUGAAGCAAAACACAACAAUCAUAUUAUUAGUGAUUACAUACCUAAUGGUCAAACUUUUCAAAGCUCGCAUGGCCAAUAUGCUCACAAUUUGAGCGUUCCAAAUACGUAUUUAGAUUCUGAUCACACAAGUAACGGCGGAUUUGAAAUAAACACUAAUAUAGCUAAUCCUCCAAACAAAGUGAGCCUCAAUCGUACCCCAAUCAAGACACCACCUCCAAACGACAAACAAGUUCAGAGAAAACGUCCUGCUGAUGAACCUUCCGUGAAAUCAUCCAUCCCACGCACACCUGAUAAAUCCUAUACUGUCUAUGUCCCAAAUUCUAAGAAACAGAAACAAAAUGAAGAGGAGUACGAGAAAUCCCAGAAAGAUGGCGCCACAAAUAAAACCAAGCCUGGAUUCUGCCCUCCUAAUAUGGUUGCCCCGCGUGGUGGAGAAUUGAACAAAGCGUUGCUGGGACUUAUUGAAUCGUCAGUAACCUCAGCUCCCUCUACUUACUCAACAACAGCCCCAUCUGCCAGUAGAACCACGAGCGUUAGCUCAGAUUGUAGCGUUGGUUCAUCCCCUAGAAAGCCUUGUAUGUCAUCUAGAGCCUUCACAGGCCAGUCUCCAGACCCAAAGGCUUAUCUUGGAAAUGCCAGACACCACCCCCGAAACGUCAAAACAGAGCCGGAAGAGCCUGCAAAAUCACCACUCAAUUAUUCAACCGCUGACUCCAAUGGUGUUUCCCCAAAACAACUUUACUUCGGAUCCCCAGAAUCAGAUGGUAGUGCCAUCCGCCAAAUAUCACCUGUAGCAGACACUUACAAUAAUCACCUGUCAAUUGACGUGCCUGAAAUCAAAUCUGGCCUUGGAAAUACCAAACACCAUUUAUUAAACCAAGGGAACGGUGGUGUUGGACAAGUCGCCCAUGCGGCUGCCAAUGGAUAUGAUUCAGGACUAUUGAUGGUUUCUCCUUUAGCAAGAUCAAAAUCUAUAUCUCCUCCAUUUGUUUCCCAGUCUAGCGUCCAGCCCGGGGUAUUGCCUUAUAUGGGGUAUACCACUGCUGCUCCCUGGAUGCACCCAGCAACGUCAAUUCAACCACAGAUGGCAUAUAAUAACAUUACACGAUCCGAACAACAUAUUGUUUAAUAUUAUAUAGAAUAGAGAUACUUCAACACUUCAACAUCUUAACAUAUACACUGUGAUAUAAAUGGAAAUUGUUAACUGCUCAGUUUACUCAGUCAAAUGCUCAAAUAACGUGUAAAUAAUAAAACGUGUAAAAAUGUACAUGAUCUCAUUGAAGGCAGAAAUCUCAAAAGGUUCGAUUAUUGUCAAUUCAGUUUCAUAAUUUUAGUUUUUCUAUUUAUAUAUUUAUGUAUAUAUGUGUCCUGACUUAUAUUAUAUGUAAAUAUUAAUAAUUCAAGUUGUAAUAAAUACUGGACUG